AUGCUUAGACGGUCGUCCCAGUUUGCCCUGCAAACUCGAAAGAGAUCCUCGUUGGCUCUUCCUAAAACCGCACCAAUCACCAGGAAAAGCCAGGAUGAAAUUGAGAUCGCACAGGCACCCAAUAGAGUUGCUACAUGGUCGCCUAGUCAAUCGUCAAAAGAUCGUAUCAUCAAGACCAAUGUUCGCUUUGUAGGCAAGGACCUCACCAAACAGCCAAACCCACAAGCAGCAAUCGAUUUGAUUGCUCAACAGCCUAUCAGGUACAUACACAACAACAUUGCGGUCUGCAGCGGAACAGACAUAUUCCAGGGCCACCCGAAGGUUUACAUCAACCUCGACAAGGACAUGCCUGGAACAUGUGGCUACUGUGGACUGCGCUAUGCCAGGGAGGAACUAAAGGAUAAGUUAAAAUUGUACAAAGCGAAGGAACCCCUGGCCGUGAUCACAGCGCAUGACUACAUCACCGGCCGGAUAGCGGACUCGAGCGAGAAGAUGGAUAUAAUUCUAAUCGGCGACUCUCUGGCCAUGGUAUCUAAAGGUUAUGCCUCCACAUUGGAAAUUCCGUUUGACGACUAUUAUUACGCGUGCAAGUCUGUUCUCCGAGGGGUCAAUCAAAAGUUUGUCAUAGCUGAUCUGCCCUUCGGAUCGUUCGAGGCCAGUGUCUCGCAAUGUGUAGAGUCCGCCGUCAAGCUCAUGAAAUUGGGGAAAAUCGGAUCGCUCAAGAUCGAGGGAGGAUACGAGCACGGCGAGCAGAUAAAACGGCUCAUAGAGAUCGGGAUACCCGUGACGGGUCACAUAGGCUUGAAACCUCAACAAUUUAAUGCUGCGGGUGGCUACAGGGUGCAGGGAAAAAAAGCACGGGAUGCGGCUAACAUUAUAGAGGAGGCACAGUAUCUUAGAGACAUAGGCUGCUCUAUGCUUGUUCUAGAGUGCAUCCCGCACAAGGUGGCACAAUAUCUUACUGAAAAGCUGGAUAUUCCGACCAUUGGCAUUGGCUCUGGCCCAGGAACCUCGGCGCAGGUUCUGGUUCAGGCGGAUCUUCUGGGCAUGUUGGACUCUCCCACUGCUAAAUUUGUCCAGAAAUAUAUGGACUUCCAUUCUGAGGCCGUCAAUGCGAUCGACCGCUACGUGGAAGACGUCAAAUCGGGCAGCUUCCCAAACAUAGAGAGUCACUCAUAUCCGAUUAAAGAGGAAGAAUUUGAGGCAAUGCAAAAAAUUUUGCAACGCGACCACUAA